UGUAGUUACAGCUGGGGGGAAAGAGAAACACUGCACCUGCGCUCCUCCUGAGAAGUUUCGUUCAAUUUAUCUUUUUUAAUUUAUGCACCAGUAGGUGUCUGCAGGUUGGAGAUGUGUGCUACCAUAAUCCCAUUUAGCUGACAUACUGCAGAUCCUCCCUGUCUCUGUGGUGGAAAUGCCAGCUGUGAGCCAGGAUAAAGAGGAUUCUGAGUCUCAGUCAGAAGACGAGCUAGAGUUCCAUCCCUGUAUAGCUUGGAGUGGGAUCAGCAGGAAGAUCCCAGUUCUGCUCUUCCAUGCUGAAGCUAUUGUGUCCAAAGAUGAAACCAUUUGUUCCAUUGGAGAAAGAUACAACUUGGCCUUCAAGAUUGUACGUACUGAGAGUCGACUCGUGCGAGGCAUUCUUGUCAAUCAUGGAUUCCAUGAGGUCCAUCCAAAUAGUAAUGAUUUCAACCUCAUGUGGACAGGCUCCCACCUUAAGACUUAUCUGCUCCGCAGCUUGCAGGAUUUCCAGAAAGUCAACCACUUCCCCAGGUCAAAUGAGCUGACACGGAAAGACCGGCUGUACAAAAACAUUCAGCGGAUGCAGCAGGCUCAUGGCUUUCAAAACUUCCACAUUGUACCUCAGACCUUCGUUCUUCCUGCGGAAUAUCAGGAAUUUUGCAACACCUUCUGUAAGGACAAGGGUCCAUGGAUUAUCAAACCUGUUGCGUCUUCCAGAGGCAGAGGCAUCUACCUGGUCAGCAGUCCAAGUCAGAUUUCCUUGGAUGAAAACAUCCUGGUCUCACGGUAUAUUAGCAACCCAUUACUGAUUGAUGAUUUUAAGUUCGAUGUGCGAUUAUAUGUGUUGGUGACGUCUUACGACCCGAUCGUUAUCUAUGUCUAUGAAGAGGGGUUAACUAGAUUUGCUACUGUGAAGUAUGACCAUGCUGUGAAGAACAUCAAGAACCAGUUCAUGCACCUCACCAACUACAGUGUAAACAAGAAGAGCAGUGACUAUGUCAGCUGUGAUGACCCUGAAGUAGAGGAUUAUGGGAACAAAUGGAGCAUGAGCGCAAUGCUGAGGUAUUUAAAACAGGAGGGAAAGGACACCGCGUUGCUGAUGCGUCAGAUCGAGGACCUCAUCAUUAAAGCUGUGCUGAGUGCAGAGUUACAGAUUGCUACAGCCUGCAAGAUGUUUGUACCCCAUCGCAACAACUGCUUUGAAUUGUAUGGUUUUGAUGUUCUCAUCGAUUCCAACCUCAAGCCAUGGCUCCUGGAAGUGAACCUCUCUCCAUCACUGGCAUGUGAUACUCCUCUUGACCUGAAAAUAAAGGCCAGUAUGAUCUCGGAUAUGUUUUCUCUCGUGGGGUUUGUAUGCCAGGACCCUCUACUAAAACACAUGCGGUCAGAUAAGGCUGCAUUUGACCCAGCUGUGAAGAAUCACAAAUCUCGGCAUCAUUUCUUCGCACAGACUGCCUCUGCCAAGUCCAGAGUGUAUCAGAGACCGCAGUCUGCUAAUAAUAUCGAGGAGCUGAAAGAGAAACAGGGAGGCAGGCAUGUGGACACUCUGGGCUUGACUGCAGAGGAGUUAAAAGUCCUGAGGAGGGCACAGGAGGAGCACGAGAGGAGAGGUGGAUUCAUUCGUAUUUUCCCCACACCACAAACUUGGGAGCUCUACAGUGGUUAUCUGGAAUACAAGACACCCAUGAACUCCAUGUUGGCUAAUAAACUUUUCCAUGGAAGGUCAGGAAAAUCCACUCUGACCACACAAUUCAGGAACAGAUCAAAGGAUAACGUGCCCUUCGAAGAGGAGGCCUAUAAAAUCUGUCAUGUAGUUCAGUACGAGAGCAAAUUGCUCUCUCUCGAGGCACGGAAACACAGGAAAAGGCACAAGACUAGCCGUGCCACUCCUCGGAGAAGGAAAACUGGUCGAAGGCCUUUACCAUCAUUAGCACACAGCAGUGAAAAUGAGGAAGCUGAUGAGGGAGAGGAGCGAGGACCACAGGGGAAGCAGGAGCACACAAUGUCUCUGGCACACACAGACUCUCAGCCCACCCUGUUGGAGAGGCAGCGAACUGAAGAACACGUUCCAGCUAGAGUCAGCAAACCCAAAGUGGAUCUGCUCCAUAUUCUCCAGCAGGGGUGGGAUCUCAGUAAGAUUCAGGCACGCAUGGCCUUCUCCUCUUAUCUCCAUCGGGUUCAGAUGAGGCUGCUUGUAGAGAGCAAGACCAACAGUACUUCUGCUUGGGCACAAAAGGACAAUGACCAGAUGGAGCUGGUAAUGCGUUUUCUGACACGAGCUGCCAGUAACCUACAGCAGGACAUGCAGGUAGUGCUACCCAGCCGCCGGCUUCCCUUGCCUGACCGUCGCCGCAUGCUGGCCCAUCAGCUUGGGGAGUUCAUCCACUGUUAUAACCAGGAGACGGAACAAAUGGUAAAAAGUUUGGGGAAGACUGAAUACGAAGAUCAAUGCAUCAAUUCAAAUGUGUUUCAGGAGUUUAUUUUGGAAGCAAGUGAAAGUGAUCUAGAAGAUGUCCUCACUUUCUACACACACAAGAACAAGUCUGCCAGUGUGUUUUUGGGGAGCUCCAGAAGAGACCAUAGCAAAGAACGCAGUAACAGCUCAGGAGAGCCAGCAAAUCAUCACAGUAAGAAGACUCUGUUAAAUGCCAGAGAAGGCUCUAGUGCUUCAGGAUUGUCGCUGACUGCCAAGGCCAACUCACCAAAAAACGGAGAAGUCCAAGAGAGUGUAACCAGACCAGGAUGCAACAAAAGCAGUAUAACUGUGAACAUGAGAAGCCAUAGUAACACUAUCCAAAACAGUGACAAAUAUAGUACAUUAAAUAAUGGCGGACACAAAAACAACAAAAUUCAUAAUGGAAAUCCAGUGACAGAAGGUCAGCCUGAGGCCUUAACGGCCUCUGAGACUCAAAUUAAUGAAAGCAAAAUAAGAGGUUUACAAGAUGGAGAAUUUUGGAGCAAAAGAUCCAAUAUUACAGUGGUUGGAAAUGAUGAAGAACUGUCAAAAGCGGUUAAAGAUACUAUUACGCAGCCUGAAACUGUAAAAAGUUAUAAAUUGCAAGUCAAGGCCAAGGGUUCUCGGCACGCUUCAUCUUAUCGUACAGCCCUAGACUGUGAGCAUAUCCACCUGCAGCAGUGCUUCCCACGAUCUGAACGCGAAGCUCAGCCCCAGACUCAACCUCCUCCUUAUAUCCAUCCUCCCCCACACCUGCAUGCUGAAUCUCAAAGCAAACCACAAGCUACUUUAUCCUCUUCAUCCGCAAGUUCUCUGCAGCCUACGCAAGUAAGGUGGGCUUCAUCGAAAUCAUGUUCGCCGAGAUCAUUCGCAACGACUGAAGUGCGACAACAAAACCCGGGUUCACAAACGGCACAGCCGGUCACUAGUGGCGUUUCAUCGUCCAGUGCCUGUACUGCAAACACGUACAGUCAGAAAGUCCUGUGGCCGCCUGCUGCAGUGCAAGUGACUAAUAAGGCCAAAAAGGCCAGACCUGCUUCUGCAGGAGUGUUGAAGGAGCCAGAUUCACUCGCGGCCCAGGUCCAGUCAAAUCAGCAGGCUAUUGUGGCUGCGCUGAAAAAACUAGUGGAGAAACAAGCAGCUCGCCAGUACAGCACCUCCAGCCACAUUAGUCUCCUAACACAACAUUUGACCAACCUGAACCUGGCUAAAGGAGUUUUCAGCAGAGGAACGCAGAGCGUCCCAUCAGGAGCUUGGCGUGAUGCAGCUACAACUCAACACUCAGGCAUGAACCUCUCUGGUGCUGUGAGUCACAGUGAGAACGAUGGUGAUGGAAGGUGUCCGAGUGCCUGUAAUUUGGCUACAGGAGCAACUUUGCGGCCCUCAUCAGACAGCGAUCAGCUCCAGUUCACCAUCCAACAGCUCCAGCAGCAGAAACUACAGUCCAGGAAGCUACUGGACCAGAGCCGCUCUCGACAUCAGGCCAUGCUGGAUGGACACACGCUUAUACCUGGUGCUGUCCCCCAAAACCCUGUUCCUGCCAGCUGUAGCAUUCAGGUUAACUCACAGUCCCAGACCAGCAUGAAGCAGACAGCGAGUCAGAGAGAUUCAUGCCAUCCUGAACACCUGGUCCCUACCCGGGGUGCCACCACUCUGAUUCCCAAACCCCCUAGCAGCACACCCAAGGAUACACUCUCGCACAAGACUGCCACUAAACGAGCAACGCAUGAGGCUCCAUCCAGAAAUGGCUCAUCCAGUCAACAAAAUGCUGUUUAUGACACCACGUGUGGAAAAACAAGUCUGUCGGUUUACAGCAAAUUGUUCCACACUCACAGGUCCAGACCGAGAUGACUGAGCGAAGGCUGGUUCAUCGAUUACCUGCGUGGUGUUGGAUCUCUUCACAGGAGCAAUUUUUUUUUUUUUUUUUUAUAAUUAAGACUCAAGCGUCAGUAUGGUUUACCAUGAUGGAGUAGAAAAUUCUGUUCAGUGAAUAGUUUGGCUAAAAUGCCCAUAAUUCUACACUUCUCUACCAGUGCGGUGAAUCAUUCGAGGUGUAUAGUGUACGAAACUUGCUUUUUCAGUUUUUCCACUUGAGCUACAAGGCUAAUAUGGAUAAUAAACAAGGGGAGCUUAUACUUGCAAGCCUCCAUCGCAUAAUUGCCUCAAACCAGUUGUUAUAUGAUCCCAAAUAGACUUGCUGCUGUGGUUUCUGACCGUGCGACACGCUGUUAGCUAUUGGAACAAAAACCGUAGUGGCAGCCAUCUUAAAUUCUUCAUCAGUUUGGUAUUACACCGCACAAGCAUCAUAUUUAGGUCGAAGGUGUAAAGGUGAAAUUGUAUAUGUAAAGUGUCUUGGAUGACAAUUUGCUCAUUUGUAUAUUUAAUUCCUUUAAAUAAUUUAUUUUUUUAAUUAUAAACCGUUAAGGAAACUGUUUACGUACACGUUUGUAUUAUUGAGACAAACCAUGUCUGUCUUCGUAAGCAAGCCAUUUGCGCGCUAUUGGUUAUACUGGUAGCUUUAAACUCUCCUGAUUUGUUAGCCACAUGAGCCUUAUAGCUCUAACACAACACCAAAGGAAACUAAACUUGGAGGAUUUUUUUUUUGUAAGUUUUUGGUCAGACUAUUCCUUUAAACAAAACGUAACCUCUCCAUCCAUUCCUCUUUGCCUCUUCACUGUGCAGCUAGCAUACAAUAAACAUUUUUAUAUCCUC